UAUGGGAUGUUCAUAUAAAGCAGCCCCUUGUCUCUGACAGUCUUCCUGUGCUCUGCAGCCCCCUGCAGGCUCAGGCCGGUACUGCUACAACCAGCCAUAAUAGGCAGUAGGAGUGGAUGAUCCUGAACCGAGCAGUCAGUCUGUCUUCACAAGGAGCACUGCUGUCGGAGGUGAUACCGCCCUCCUCCUCCUCCUCCUCCUCCUGCUGCUGCCAAACCGACCGCCUCGCUUCCAGCUUGACACCGGAGCCGGUGACCGGAGCCACCGGAGCGGGAUGCAUCGAUCUGUUUGGUUGUAGUGCUUCUCUCCGGCGGGUCCUCCAUGCGUCAGCCCCGGGAAUGGAUCAGGAAUCCGGUGCGGCGUCCGCAGGGAGCUUCAUCUCCCUGAACGAGCACGAGCAAAGGUAUUACUCAGGUCUCCACAGCCUGUGCCAGGCGGACCCCUCAGGAGCUCUGUCGUCCAGCAAAGUGGCGGAGCUGUUCAAGGCGUCUCAGCUGCCUCCUGAAGCCCUGCAUAAAGUGACCGAGGUGUGUGGAGCGAAACGUCUGGGCUACUUUGGUACGCCUCAGUUCUUCGUGGCCCUGAAGCUGCUCGCGGCCGCCCAGUCUGGUCUGCCCGUCCACCUGGAGAGCGUAACGACCAAUCUACCUCUGCCCAGAUUCGCUGGGCUGAAGAAUGAAGCAGAGAUGCGAUACCCAACGGUCCCCCCAAGCAUGGACGUUCAGGGGGCUCAGUGUGGGACUGCACCUGGCUCCGUCUCCUGGACUCCAGCAGACAGGAGCACCUUCAGACACCUGGAGGCCAACGUAGAGAGAAAGGAACCUUGGUCCCCACCACGAUCACCGGCCACUUCACCACCUCGAUCCCCCCUGACCUACCGCGGCUACCCGUAUGCCAAGCAGAGAAACGGGGCUGACUCACAGUUCGCCUAUGAAAGCAAACAUUCCUCACGGCCGGUCGUUCAGCUGGAGCAGCAUUCCUCGCCCAGUAACUACGGGACCAAACCCACUGUGGAGCAUCCUGCUAUGGCGCGGGCUUCUUCAUCAGAGAGGCUGGACCAGCAGGGAGCAGUAGACUACUCUGACGAUGACCCCUGGAGGAUCACAGAGGAACAGCUGGAGUAUUACACUAAUCAGUUCAAGAGCCUGCAGCCUGACCUGGGGGCUCUCAUUCUGGGAACCAUUGCAAAGAACUUCUUCACAAAAUCCAAGCUCCCCAUACCAGAACUUUCCCACAUAUGGGAGUUGAGUGAUGUGGAUCGAGAUGGAGCUCUGACGUUCUCUGAGUUCUGCACAGCCUUUCACUUGAUUGUAGCACGCAAGAAUGGUUACCCUCUCCCAGAGAGCCUUCCCCCAACCCUGCAGCCAGGGUUCAUGCAGCAGGAAGAGGACAUACCAGAUACUCCUGAGAGUGCAGAGCCUCUUAUUGUGUUUGAUGAUGCUGUUCCACGGCCUGGUCACAUGGAUCGGAGCAUUAUAGAGAGGCUCCAGCCAGGCCUCGCCACGACAAAACAAGAUUUGAGAGAGGAAUCAUGUAAACAAGAUGUGGGUGUGAAGAGGGUGGCAACAUCUCAAGAGAAACAGACUCUGCAACUUCCUGAGAGGCUAGAGCCGCCUCAGGAUCUGGACCCAAACAUGAGGACAAAAACUAGACCGAGGUCCUACUCCAGCACCUCUAUUGAAGAGGCGAUGAAGAAAGCAGAAGAGCCUCCCACUCCUCCACCUCGACCCCAGAAGACCCACUCCAGAGCCUCCUCGCUGGACCUCAACAAGCUCUUCCAGCAGGGCGCUCCAGGCAUUAAAAGUGGAUGGUUGCCGCCUCCUCCAGCCCUCCCUCCCAGACCAUCAACCUCACAGGUUCCUCAUUUUAUCACCGUAUCAGAGAAAACUCCCCAGAAUAAAGUGCAGCAGCCAAACUUUGCUGACUUCAGUCACUUCAGAGAAGAGGAGGAGAGCAGUGUGAAAUCUGAGGAACAGGGGCCGCACUCUAGAUUUGGACAAAGUACUGAAGACCUGACGAAUGCUUCGAAACAGGACGUGAUCGUAGUCUCUCACAGUCAGCCGCCACAGAAGCCAGUCCGCAGGAAAUACCACCCAGAGAGCCAGAACCUGGAGACGCUACCUCCACCUGCCAUGCCAUUUCCUACGCCCACCAAACCUGCUCAAAAGCUGCUGUCCAAACAGAAGAGAGAGAUCCAGAUGGCGAUCCGCAAAAACAAGGAAACCAAUGCAGUGUUGACGCGCCUCAAUAGCGAGCUCCAACAGCAACUCAAGGUGGUUCACCAGGAGAGGGUCACCUUGGAGUCCCAGCUGGAGCUCCUGCGGCCUCUGGCCUCGACGUGACUGAGCCUGAAGUCUGGUCAGAGUCAUGUUACGUUAAUGUCUCGAUAAAACAUGAAUGUUUGAGCCAAGAUACAGAAAGUUGUCGUCUUUUGUCAUGAAUGCAUUAUAUAUGUGUAAAAGGGGUGACGAUGGGGAUUAACAGGGAUGUGACGCUGGGAUUUCUCUGAUGAUCAGCUCCAGUCUCACAUCCAGAUGUUACUCUGUGUUACUUUUAAUGUUUUACAGGAUUAAACCAUGUUUUUUUAAACCAUUGUAUGAUAUGCACAUGCAAAAUAUCCUGUUAUUCAUUGUGACGUUCUAACUUAUUUCAGUCUCACCCAUGAGUCUUACUUUGCUUACAUUCAUGUAACAGUCUGUGCCCAUCUUGUCACGACUCAGAUACAUGUUUCAUGUGUGUUACAUGUUCUGUGUUAAUGAUGGGAACUAAAGUGCUCUCGUUUUUUUCUCAGUCUAUGUAUACAGUGCAUUUCAUGUGUAUCCAUGUGUGGUCUAAAGCAAGUAAUGGUGCUACAGAUUAGUUUUGAAUCUGAUUACUUUUUGCACUUAAAAAAAACCCACAUUUGCCAGGUUGUUUUUAAGGUUUGAAAAGCUACGUUAGAUAUGAGUUGGAUUUUGUUGAGCUUCAGAUUUCCAGCCUGCAUACAAGAUUUGAAUGUUGACCUGUCUGACACUGGAUUUGUAUGAAAUAUGGACAUUUUACUUGAAAUUUUGCUCCAUCUUUAACACAAGCACUGUAUGACUUGAUUUUUUUAACCCUUGUAUGUUUGUUAUCACAUGAAGAGCUACUUCUGCACUGCAAGUCUGGAGAAAAAAAUUCAGGGCCAAUAAAAAAGUCCAGAAAAGCAAAGAAAUAAGCACAAUAUUCCUCUGAGGUUUUGCAAGAUAGAUUUCAAAACAGCUAAUGUCAGGUAGGGUUUUGAUUUCAUCUAUGCAAAGAUGUGGUGCUGCUUCAGCUUGCUUUAGACCAUGUACCAUCAGGAACAAUCAGGAUGUGUGGAGGGAAAAAAAUGAUGUGGUUGAAAUACAUGAUGGCAUGCUUGAUACUGCAUGUUUGCUAAAAUGAUGUGAGCCUUGGACUGUAAACUCACCUUGAAUCAUGCACAACUACUGAGCUCUGGGCUGAAGACAAUAAUCAAACUAAUCAAUAAAGUUGUCUAUUUUUA